UGGUCCAUACUAUCUUUUCUUUAAAAUAUUGUAGCUAUAGGUGACACGUACAUUCUAUAUAAACCACUCAAUUUUCGUGUUCUUAGCCAAUAGUAAGUUAUAGAUCCUGGUAGGUAGUACUAAGAAUAUUUCUAGUAGAAUAUUUUUUUUACGAGAUCAAUCAUGGCGACUUAUCAUCAGAACAGAAAAGUAUCUUCGUUGGUUCGAACAAUCACAUCUCCUUUCCGAAAAGCUCGACGAACCUUGUUCAAUCAACAAUCACCUAGGGAUAAGAAGUCUCAACAAGAAGGGCCGGAAAACCAUAUAGUAAAUUUGCAAGUUGAAGUAAUGGCUUGUCCAUAUGAAGAUGUUCAAGUGAUGUGGUCAAUUUUAGACAAGUCGAAGCCCAGAAAUUGAACCUUUGUUUUUUGCAUUAGUUUGUUUGGAGAAUAUUAUAUCAAGAAUCAAGCCAAUCUGUAUAUACUUGAUUGUUGUCUUGUUGAUGUGGUGGCUAUAAUCUGACGCCCAAAAGCAAGAUUUGGAAAUUGUUAUAUUGCCUCUAGUUUGGUAUUUUCCCCCACACAAAGAAGAAAAGAAAAAAGAGAUAGACAGUUUGUUAGGUAGAGAAACAGUUGACAAAUUGGUUGUAUUCAAGCUCAGACUUGUUUUGAUACCAAUUUGUUUUUUCUUUCUUUCAGCUAAUCCUCAUGAUUAAUGGAAAAUCAUGGAGAGAUUUUACUGUAUUGGAUUUGCAUUAUUAUCUAAAACCGUUUCAAUUUUACAUUCAA